AUGCAGAGCUCCAGGCAGACACUUGUUGAUGAAAUUGAAUGUGUGGAAGCUCCUCCUCUGGAUAGUGAGGAACAUGCAGUGAGAGAGAGCGCAAAAAAGCAUCCUUGUGGUUGUUUUGCGCUAACUCAUCCUUAAAAGAGAGAUCGGGGCUGUGAACAGAAGUAGAUUCUUGAGGGAAAUCUUCUGGGAAGGGAUGCUUCUAGAAUAGUGGUAGCAGAGUAUUUUUGUAUGUGUUUAAAAUACAUAACAUUUCUUCAUCUUGAAGGCUCAGGAUGGGUAAGAACAUUAAUGAAAGCAUUUCCUCAAGCUAUAAAAAAUAUUUAAAUGUACAGCUAAAAUGUCCUUUCAUUAGAUGUGGUGGAUAUAUUCUCCAGCUUCACUGAGCAGAAGGCAUUCUUCUGUUGACCUGGCCAAGAGCUACUGUGAAUGGCCAACCUAGAGGCUUCAGGCAGGGCCAGUGUUGCGUAUUCUUAUUCCUUUCUGUGCCUUAAGAGGGUUCUUGCAGUUGAAUGCAUUCAGGUCCACUGCACAGUUUGCUAGUUUGGGCUCCAGUUUCAGGCCAUGAGGUUCCCACUUCAAGCUUCAGAGUCCCUGACAACAAGAAGGGAAUUUUGGAGCCGGCAAUGAGCCCCUGACAAGAUAUUCCUGCAACUGUUCACACUUAGUAACACAUUUGGCAUCCUAAGGUCAUCAGAUGUCAUUUAAAUAAACAUGAUUCUAACCCUCAUGGAUAAGAGGACAAGAGCAUAGAAAUAUUUCCAUGUCAUUCUCCUUUAAUUACUUACCACCCCCCUUUUCACCUGCAAAAAAAUUAAGUAUCCUAAAACAUGGGUGAUUUCAGCCAAUUAAUUUAUGCAAAAUGCAUGCAAAUACCCAGUCUGCAGAAUAUGAGUGGCCUGGUUGCAGAAUUGAAGCUAGGGUGGUUCUCCAGGCUACAUUCAGUUCUCCCAGUAAGCCAGCUGGGAAAAUAAUUGUUCUGUUGAAGAGGCAAGAAAUAAGCCUGUUUAACACAGACAGGACUGAGAGCAAGAGUAGCCACUCAGGGGCUGUCCGCUGUGAUUUUCCUAGGGGCUUAGUUGCUCAGUCAGCACUGACUCUCUGGAUAGCUCCACUGGUAGGGAACAAAGCUGAACAAAGCAGGUUCUGAUCCCUGGACGCAGCCUGACUUGGUUGCUGCUGCAACCUUGAAGACUACAGACCGCCUUGAGUUGCAAGCAAAGAUCCUGAUCUAGUAAUACAAAUAAUAGUGACAAUGAAUUAAUAAUAAUAAUAAUAAUACGUUUUGUUGAUAAUAAAUAAUAGUGAUGAUGAUGAUAACAAUAAUACAAUCUAAAUGGGGGAAAAAGUUCACAUACAAGAGAAAUGUGACAGAGAAGGAAGAGGGAGAGGAAUAAAACUCAGGCACAGUUCUUAUAAUGAUGAGCUUUGCUCUUCAUUGGAGUUGGAGAUGCCUGAGUUGGAGAUGCCUGAGUCGUCUUAUGGAAUGACUGCCCACCCCAUGCCCGGUGCCCGGUGACAAUAUCAUGGUCAGAGGAGGAGUAGAAUGUUUGUGUGUGGAAGGAUAAGGCUUAUACAAAGUGAAAUGUGAUAUUGUACAUAGCUGUACACUGGCAGGAAGGCAUCGAUUGCUGUUUUCCAGUUUAUAGAAGUUUUCACAGUCAAGAAAACUGGCGUAUUAUUUAAAGAGAAGUCACCGUAGUGGCGCUCACCCACAGUAUGCAUUUUCUCCCAGAUUUGCAGUUAGCAUGCCUGAAGUAUAUUCUUUUGAGGUUAAUGCUGAUUCAGCCAUAAUUUUUGCCAUGCUCCGGCCAGUGUGUUCGCUUUCCUUUUUAGGAAUUAAAAAAAGCAAUCUGAUAAAAAAGUUUCUGAACAGCUACAGGGAUUUGGGGUGUGCGUUUCUCAGUGGCAGUUGAAGGGACUGGCCAGUUGUCACCACUGGCAUUUGUGCAAACUUGGGAGACACCCCCCCCAAAAAAGCUCAGUGCUGGAGAGGAUAUGUGGUGGGGGCGCCUUCACGCUGCUUGUCUUCCUCCUUUUCUUGCCUCAGAUUUGGAACAAAGCACUUCUUUCUCCAAUAAGAUCUUUAGAUGGAUGUGGUGCAGGGAAUGUGCCCUUUCUCGCUGCCUUCACGGUGCCAUGACUGAUGUAGCAGAUUCCAGACAGACCAGGUUAAUGAUUAGGGUUGGAUAAUAAUAAUAAAUUUUAUUUAUAUCCCGCCCUCCCCAGCCGAAGCCAGGCUCAGGGCGGCUAACAACAAUAAAAUAGUACAACAUUCUAAAAUCAUUUCAUUAUAAAAUUAAUUCAAAUCAAAUUGAUGGCAACCAUUAGUCUAAAGUUCUGUGAAGAUUGCCAAAGGAGGGAGUCAGGCUGUGCCCUGACCAAAGGCCUGGUGGAACAGCUCUGUCUUGCAGCCCCUGCAGAAAGAUGUCAAGUCCUGCAGGGCCCUAGUCUCUUGUGACAGAGCGUUCCACCAGAUCGGAGCCACAGCCGAAAAAGCCCUGGCUCUAGUUGAGGCCAGCCUAACCUCUCUGUGGCCUGGGACCUUCAGGAUGUUUUUAUUUGAAGACCGUAAGUUCCUCUGUGGGACAUACCAGGAGAGGUGGUCCCGUAGGUACGAGGGUCCUAGGCCGUAUAGGGCUUUAAAUGUUAAAACCAUCACCUUAAACCUGAUCCUGUACUCCACUGGGAGCCAGUGCAGCUGGUAUAGCACUGGGUGAAUGUGAUCUCGCAGCGAGGACCCCGUAAGGAGUCUCACCACGGCAUUCUGCACCUGCUGGAGUUUCUGGGUCAGUCUCAAGGGCAGCCCCACGUAGAGCGAGUUACAAUAAUCCAAUCUGGAGGUGACUGUCGCGUGGAUCACAGUGGCUAGGUCAGGGCGAGAGAGGUAAGGAGCCAACUGCUUAGCUUGGCGGAGAUGAAAAAAUGCCGCCUUUGUUGUAGCUGCAAUCUGCGCCUCCAUGGAAAGGGAGGUGUCGAAGAUUACACCCAAACUCUUAAUGGAUGGUGCUGGCACUAAUUGUGCCCCCGCAAGAGAUGGGAGUUGCCCCCCCAAUCCCAUAUCGUCCGGUCCCAGCCAAAGGACCUCUGUCUUUGAAGGAUUUAACUUCAGCCGGCUCCCACGUAACCAUCCAGCCACAGCACAGAACACUCUGCACAACUAUCGUUGUGGCUACAAAUUAGAACCGAAUUGGAAUUGGUGUCUAGUGGACCAAAUUUUAAAUGCGUUACCAACCUGUUUUGGUGUAGAUUUGCUAGCAAGAAAUCUUGGAAAUUGUCGUCCCUCUUAAACAAAGACUUCUUCACAUCUCUUGCAGUUUCCAGGGUUCUUUGAGGGAAGCCACUAUAGUGCCCUUGGAUCCAAGCCAGUUUGAAGAUCUAGUGUGGAUUCAUCCUAAAAUCACUCCUCCUGUUCUAGAGCUGAGAGGUAGUGUGGUCAUUGUACUAGCAUCUGUGCUGAAUUUUCUUCUUUUUUUUCUCUCCCUCUCCUCCACUCAGGUGUGUUUGACAAUUGCUCCCACGUUGCCAGUGACAGGGGCUGGACUCUUGGCAUCCGCACGCAGGAGAACACCGGGAAGAAGGAUGCCCGUUUCUUCUUCUCACUCCGGACAGACCGCUUCAAGAGAUCUUCCACCAUAUCGGUACCACACCGCUAUGAACUCAAUACGUGGGCUCAUGUGGCCGCCACCUACAACGGGAAGCAGAUGCUGCUGUACCUGAACGGGGAACGGGUGGCUCGUAGUUCGCAGCAGUCUGGGGCCCUCCACAGUCCCUUCAUGGCUUCUUGCCGCACCUUGAUUCUGGGAGGUGACAGCUCAGAGGACGGGCACCACUUCCGUGGCCACCUGGCUCUGCUGGCCAUUUGGAAUGCUGCUUUACCCCAGGAGAAACUCCAGAGAGCUUUCUUGAGAAAGGUUGAAGACAGAGAAGCUACCAUGGUGCUCAGUGCAAGGUUCAGCCGCCUGGAGCAGCAAUGGGUAACAUUCAAAGAUGGUGCCUACCCGCUGGUGGAGUCCUUCCAAGUGCCAGAGCCUCCGGUUUUCUCACCGCUCGUGCCCCCUCUCUGUGGGCAGACCGUCUGCGACAACGUGGAGUUGAUCUCCUACUACAACAGCCACUGGCCGCUGAGGAAUGAGAAGGUGGUCCGUUACCGGGUCGUCAACAUUCAUGACGAUGAGGGGCUCCAUCCUACUGUCAGCCAGGAGCAGAUUGCCCACCAGCACCGGGUAUUGAGCGGGGCCUUUGGCCGCUAUAACAUCACCUGGCAACUGAGUGUACACAAGGUACAGAGCUCCUUGCUCCGCCACCGCGUGGUCCUGAUGAACUGUGAGCCCAGCAAGAUUGGCAAUGAAUACUGUGACCCCGAGUGCGAGCACCCGCUGACUGGCUACGACGGGGGGGACUGCCGCCGGCUGGGGCGUUGCUACGACUGGGUGCGCCGGGAUGGGGUUUGCAACAUGGAAUGCAACAACAUGCUUGACAAUUUUGACGACGGGGACUGUUGCAACCCCAGAGUGACCAACGUGAAGAAGACGUGCUUUGACCCUGAAUCUCCACACCGGUAA